UAAUUGGUAAUUACUCACAUAGUCACAUCACUCACUCACACAACAGAAUCACUAUCUCAGUAUCUCUUACUCGUUUCUCAUAAACGCUGCCGUUUCCACUUUCUCUUCUUUUUAAUCUUCAAUCAUCUUUUGCUCUCCGGCUUCAUUCGCUGCGCACGACAACCGUACGAGUAACCACCACCACCACCACCACCGUGGCGUCUCUCUCCGCCAUUACUCCAGCACCAUGUCGGCGCCCAACCACGACUAUCACAAAUUCGACUGGCACUUCAACACGGAACUCGAGGACGAGACCAUCGAACUCCGAGGCCGGAGGCUCAUCUUUGUUAUCGUCCUCUUCGUCAUUAUCCUCAUCACCACCGCCUUCUUCGUCUACCUCCGCUGGAUCUGCCGCUCCCGCGGCCUCAUCCCGGUCACAUCGAUCCACCUCCGCCACCAGUUGCCGCCGCACACUCAACCUCAGUCCAACGGCCUGGACGCCGCCACCAUCAAGAAACUCCCGAUCGUGCUCUACCAGGGGCCGCCAACUGCAUCUGCGACAGAUCUGAACCGCGGCGGCGCGUUGGAAUGCUGCAUAUGCCUGAGCGCGUUCCGCGACGGAGAGAAGCUGAAGACUCUUCCCGGUUGCAAGCACCGGUUCCACUGCGAGUGCGUAGACAAGUGGCUCACGAAUCACUCGAGUUGCCCGUUGUGCAGAGCUUCUCUCAAGCUCGCUCCUCCAUUACCGAGGAUUUUGUAUCCAGAACCUCCCAUUAGAAUCACUAUUAACAAUGAAGAACAAUGAGCUCUCAUUCAGAUCUCUUUCUUUCUCUCUGUUCUCUAUUUUUUUUUUUCUUUUUAGUUUUUUUUUAAUAUAAAUUAGUAUACAUAUUAUUAAUGAUAAUUUAUUACCGUACUUGUUUUGGAUACUCUUUUAGGGUAAUUAAAUUAUGAGGUGUGAGUGUGUGACUCUGAACUUUUGAU